CAGUUAGAUUGCUGCUUGUGCAAUAUGAGGCUAUGCAGAGUUCGGCAAACUUUCAGAAAAUGCAAUUCAAUCUUAUUGGUCUUAAUUCCAUUGCUUUUCUGGCUUGUCUUUCAAGUUCAACAUCCACUGAUUGUGAAAAAUUCUGCUCUCUUCAGCAACUAUCGACUUCUGCAAAAUGUUCAUACAGACUUGUCUUUGAUAGGUCGUCCAAGAAGAGGAUGUCCAAUUUUUUUGAACGCCUCUCACAUCAUAAGAUUAACAGGUAUACAAGAGGUGAAAGAAGACAGUGUUUUAUUUAAGUGCAAACCCCCUUUAAACAUUACAGAUGUACGGAAGAAAAAACUGAAGUUUAUGGUUUCUCUUUAUCCUUUGGAAUUAAAUUUCGAUGAGCUCAUAAAAGUGCGACUUGAGGGAAGAAAGAUAAUAAACGAACCCAUCAAUUCACACGACUUCAGUUAUAUCCAUACCGGAGAGAACGUCUGUGACGACUCCUCCAUAUACCUUCUUCUGGUCAUCAAAUCUAGUGUAGGAAAUUUCAGGAACCGACAGACCAUCAGGAACACUUGGGGUAAUGUGGACAACUAUGAAGGAGUUCGGAGAGUGUUCCUUCUAGGUUACAACCACGGUGUUCAGAAACAAGUAGACAAUGAAGCUUUAAAGCAUGGGGACAUAGUACAAGAAGAUUUUUGGGACCAUUAUUCCAACAUCACCUUUAAAACGAUUAUGGGCAUAAACUGGGUUGCGCAGUACUGCCCCAAAGCCAAGUUUAGCUUUUACGUAGACGAUGACGUGUUCUUGAUUUUAAAAAAUCUUAAACAAUUAAGGAAAUCAACGCUCAGAGAAUCUGGAUUGAUGCUUGGGAAGGUUUUCUUUUCCUCCACACCGUUUAGAGACAAGACGUCCAAAUGGUUCGUGUCGUGGGAGGAUUAUCCCUUUGUCAAUUACCCCAAAUAUCUGGCAGGUUUUGCAUAUCUAAUGACUGCUGAUGUUGUGAAGCGAUUUUCUUUGGCCAUUCCCUAUAUUCAAGCUAUACCGUUUGACGACACUUAUCUAGGAAUCGUCGCAAAGAAGCUAAGAAUCCCAGUAAAGAACCAGUACGGGUUUGUUUCAAUGUUUCAUCCCACUUGGAUGUCCUUCUUUGUUCCCAAACUAAGUUUUCGGAAAACGAUAGCAUUUCAUAGAAUGUCGUCCCCAGAAACAAUGAUGCGGACUUGGAUUGAAUAUUGUAAACAAUAUCAAGCUGUAUGUCGAAAUUAAUUUCAAAUUUGUGUAUAAUCGAAUAAAACAAACAAUAA